UUCUUCGCGUAUAUUUGCAAAGAAGGAACUAAUCUUGAAAUUCGUGAUGGCCAGAGUUCAUCAAGCGACUUGAUAAAAACAUUCUGUGGACAGGACUUUGAGAGUUCGGUGUUUUCCAGCGGUCGCCAUCUUUGGGUUCAGUUCCAGUCUUCAGAUGAUUCAUUCCAAUACGGAACUGGAUUCCAUGCCCUGUUUGAGAUGGUCAAUCAGUUACCAGCACCUUUUUCCUGCACUGCGCGCAACCUGCGGGUCAAGUUAAAGUUAGAGACUGGAACCUUGGCCAGUUACAACUACCCUCUGCCAUAUGAUGAUUCUGUUGAAUGUGUUUGGAGCAUCAAUGUGAAUACUGAUUCCAUAAUUGAACUGUCGUUCGAUUUCUUCAAUCUGUCCGACUCCGCUGACUGUUCUGAGGAUUACGUGGAGGUGCGUGAUGGCCUGUUUAGCGAGAGUGAACUUGUAGGAAAGUUUUGUGGAUCAAAUAAACCCUCAAAGAUAACUUCAGAUUUGUGGGACUUGCGCGUGGCGUUCAAGUCCAGUGGAAAAACGAAAUAUCCCGGAUUCAAGGCAACCUACAAAACAAAGAAAACAGAUACAACUCUACAGAUUUUAAAGGCCGUGGGAAUUAGUCUUGGAGUACUAGUUCUUUUAUGUCUCGUUAUAUCCAGUUGUAUCGUGUGCUACAAGAGAACGCACAAUCAACCUCAGCCCGGAGUCGUUCUUCAAGGAGCUGACAAUUCUGCUCAUGUCGCUGAAGAUACAAGGAAACAAACCACUAGUUUUUAGCUUCUUGGAUACUUAAAACGGAGAGCAGAAAAAGGAAAACAAUUCGUAUAAGCAAACCGGUUUUCCACAAUCGAAGUUCUCACUCUACGUCUUUUUAUUGGAGUAUAAGAUUAAGAAGCCUGAAUUUUAGAGUACCUCUAGAAUGACUGACUAUGUUACGAGCUAUUCAUGUAUGUCAUUAUUGUAAUCCAUCAAAUAUUUUCGCUCGAACUACGCUCUCGGAAAACUGUUCGCUUCUCGGAACAGAUAAUGUCCGCGAACAAAUAUAUCUAGGCAUAUUUUCGCCUCAACUGGAGGCCAUUGUUUGUAUAUUGGGACAGCAUACACGACAUCUGAUUGGCUAAUUCCGAAUUUGCUGCAGAAAAGUAGUAUAUUAUUCUACGGAGCGGAUAUUGGGAUCCACUCCCUCUCUAUUUAAUAGUUUUAUAUUUUUGUUUAAUUUUUGUAAAGGAAUUUUACCUCAGGUCUACAGAUAUUUAUUAUAUUACGGGAAUACAUUUUGUAACAAGCUAUGAAUCAAAACUGAGUGUGUAUACCUUUCGUAUGACCGGCAUAUUGAGGCAUUUAUACAGACCAAUUGUAUCUUUAUUUACGGUCACAUAUGAAAGUUAUGAUUUAACUGUCA